AGCUUAACUCACUAAGUAGUUCACCGCCAAGAGAUGGCCCAGGCAAUUCGAACCUUAAGUAACCCCAGGGCGGACAACGACAUUGUUCAUUUUCCAUCAAGCACAUCGUCGAACCAUCCAGGUUAUAUCAACUCUGCUGUCGAAUAUUUCUGUUUAUCACUGGACGCCGCUCGAGCCAACCAUUGGACUGGUCUGAAGCAUUCAGUCCCGGGCCUACGGACCACCUGCGCUCGAACCACCCAUUGGAUCCCGAACUAGGACAGGCUAGAGCACUCGACAGCACCUGUGUAUCUACUCCGUACUACGUAUCACUGGAUACGUGCUCGAACCUGUAGACCCUUCGUUGGUCAUUGUUUCGCUGGAAAGGACCAAGUGCACGUCACAGCUACACUCCAACGAUGCAAAUCGCCGAGAUCCUAUCCGAUCUCACAUCUCUACGAGCAUGCGGCCACAACGAAGCAAUGGCACUAGUGACCGUCCACAAGAACGGUGACAAUGCAGAGAGCAGGGCAAAGUCAGAAGAGAACCAAAACCCUGAUCUGCAAAGAGCAAAGGAUCUGAUUGAUUUGCAUUAUAACGUUAAGAUGAAGCAUGUGCGCGGUCAGCAGCCGGGGAUGGUGGAUGAGGGGUUGCGAAAGGCGAGGGAUGAUGUUAAUAGGGUUUUGAGAGAGUUGUGAGUGGUGAGGGAAUUCGUGUUUUCUUUUUGGGAGGGGGAGGUUGGACUCUUGUACUAUAUUUUUUUUUAUUCGAGAUGAGAUAUGGUUCUUCUCGUGGUGUUUUGAUAUGUGUAAUUUUAUGUACUAUGCAAAAAGAUAACCUACUCGGAGUGGUUAACUCAAGGCAUAAUGAUCUACGGAGUAUACACCGAGAAGACUCCUCCACAGCAGAAUUUGAACUUCCUGGAAAUCAUUCUUUACUUAACUUGAUAGAAAUAACUAGUCAAUUACCA